CCCUCCCCCUGGCCUCGCUAUCCCCCCGCCAUCUGUCCCGCCAGCUGCUUCCUCCCUUCCCUGCCUCCCCGUCACCAGUAUGGGCACCGGAAUCUCGAAGCCGGCUUUCACCGGUGGCUUCCAUGUUCUCGGGAUCCAGCCGGACUCGCCGGCCAGCGAAGCUCUAUUGGAGCCGCUGUUCGAUUACAUUGUUGGCAUUGCCUCGGUGGACCUGAUCCACACGCCCCAGCCGGAGAAUGAGCUGGUCACCCAGCUGCGGAAGCACCUCCACCAGCCGGUUGAGCUGCUCAUCUUCAAUACCCGGAACUGCGAAAUCCGAAGCGUUUCGAUUGUCCCCAGCAACAAUUGGGGAGGCACCGGCUUGCUGGGCGCGCGAAUUCGCUUCUGCCGCCCUUCCCCCUCCGGACUGCCCACCUGGCGCGUGCUGUCGGUGGAGCCCGGGUCGCCGGCCCACGCAGCCGGCCUGGAGGCCGAUACCGACUUCAUCGUGUCCUCGCCCGAUGUCCUGCUCCGCGAUGACCGAUCACUGUCCGAGCUCAUCGCCUCCCUGCGCGAUGGGGCGGUCUUGCGGCUGAUCAUUUAUUCCUCCGCUCGCCGGGCAUUCCGAUCGGUGGUCAUCAACAUUCGCAAGGAUUGGGGCGGCACGGGCAAGCUUGGCUGCGAUAUCGCCAGCGGCACGCUUCACCGGAUCCCGGCCGAUACCGACGCCGAUGACACCGACGCCGGCCCCAUGGGCCCAUCCUACCAGGCCUCCCGGGCGGCCUUCGAACAGGGACGAGGCGUGCGCUCCAGCCCCCCGCCGGCUGGGGUGCCUGUCGAGUCGAACCCUCCGCCAGCCCCCGAGCCCGGAGCCCCAAUCCCCAGCCCAUCACCAGCCACCUCGGAGACGGCCAUGCCGGUGGUCAUGCCGCCGCCGGUCCCGGGGCCGGCUCCUGAUGCCGAGGCGCCGGCGGCCACUUCGCCCGCGCCGCCCACCGAGGCUGCUCGGCCAUCGGCAGCAGUGUCGCCCAUGUUCAUGGCCCCGCCACCGCCGCCUCCCGAAGUCGUGUCGUCUUGACAUGCGGCAGUCCCCUCCCCUCCCCGCUGCAUCUUGCUUCCUCUGUUUUCCCCUGGCGCCGGCGCCGAAUACCAUAUUUACAUUGACC